ACUUUCCUCAUAAUAUUACACAAGCCUGCAGAGUACGCAGUUUCGCAGUGGGUCUUUCAGCCCAAUAACUCACGCUGUUACUGAGUACGUUGCUCUGUUACUGUGUGAUUUAGUGGCCGAAAAAUAAAGCUGAACUCACACACAGGUGCAUUCAAAAUGUACGCGCUUGUAUUUCUGUGUUUGUAUGGAAUCGCUUCUGCGAGGCAAGUAUACUUUCAUGGGAGACCAAAUCCACAUGUAGGAAAAGAGCUACCGGAAGUGUCGAUGAAUGUGAGUCAAAUGAUAGCAUACAACGGGUACCCUGUGGAAAACCAUGACGUCACCACCGACGAUGGAUACAUUCUGUCCAUUCAACACAUUCCAUAUGGGCGACAUGACAAAUGUAAAGAUGUACCAUCCAAGCCAAUCGUGUUCCUUCAGCAUGGUCUACUCUGUUCUUCUUCAAACUGGUGUCUACAGUGACCUACAUGAAAGGGGCCCUGAAGUAUCUGAGCUAUUUCACACCAGAGUUAGAGGAAUUCUUCAAGAUUUUUGGUAAUCGGGACUUCUUACCAUCAAAUGAAAUACUUCGGAUUCUGUCAAAACUUCUUUGUGGACAUGAGGUUGUUAGAGAUGUUUGCUCGGAUAUUCUAUUUUUGAUAGCAGGACUGGAUACCAAACAACUCAAUGAGACUCGUCUUCCUAUUUACAUCUCGCACACCCCAGCAGGAACAUCAGUCAAGAAUUUGAUACACUUUGCUCAGCUGCAUCGUUCUGGUAAAUUCCAGAUGUACGACUACGGCAGCGAGGAAAAGAACCAAAAGCAUUAUGGGCAGGGUACCCCUCCUGAGUAYRACGUGUCAUCAGUGGCCGUCCCUACAGCUCUCUACUGGGGAGGAAACGACGACUUAGCCGAUCCGAAAGACGUCAAAUCUCUGAUGAAAAAGUUGCCGCAUCAAAUGUACAAUAAGUUCAUCCCCGAAUGGAACCAUCUGGACUUUAUUUGGGCCCUUGAUUCGGCGCCCCUAGUUUACGAUGAUGUUAUUAGGCACAUAAGAUCAAAGGAUAUGGAAGAUAUGUCGUGAAAAGGCAUCUGUAAAAUGAUCGGACCUCUAGUUAUUGACUAAUCGAUACCACUACCACCUCACGUAUCGACCAAUAACGUCACCACGUGCCAAUGCCGAUGUAUAACAUUAAUUUUAUUCCGAAUCUGAUUUGCCAAAAGAAGAUAUUUUUAUUGCUCAGGAUGUCUUAAAUCUGAUAGCCAAUGCUGACUGUGUAUUUAUAUUGAUAUAUAUGAUGACAAUAUUGCUUUUCUCGUCCAAAGUCAGUAAUUAAUAAAAUUAUUUUGCUUUUUAAA